AUGGAUAACCAAGGCCAAGAAGACAGCAAGAAUGUAAACAUGAGAAAGAACAUAAGGAAGAAAAAUCCUGAUGAGCAACAAAUGGCGGACUUAAAGCAAGAUCUCUUAAUACAAUUUAAGAAAAUGAUGAUGGAAGAAAUAGCUGUUAUCAAAGAGCAAAAUACUAAAAUACUUGAGUCUAACGCCGAAAUAAAAACCCAACUAGAAUUGAUUGACACCAACUAUAAGAAAAUUUGCAAUAGACUUCAAAGAAUUGAAACUAAAUAUGAAGCUGCUGUCGACCGCAUUGGUCAAUUAGAGAUACAACUGAACACAUUACAGAAACAAACUCUAAAAAACACGAUUGAAAUAAGAAAUAUUCCACAUGAUGAGAAAGAAGAUGUACAAAAUAUUGUCACAAAUAUAUAUAGGAACUUGGGAAUACUACAAAUGGAAGACAAUGCAAAAGUUAGAAGAGGCAGAAAAAAUGGACCAAUAGUUAUCGAGUACCAGGACACCAAAGGCAAAGACAUACUUCUUAAGGCUGUGAGAAAAUACAACUCUGAUAAUAAAGGCAAACCACUCAGCACCAACAUUAUGGGAUUUCCGGGUGCUUCCUCACGAAUAUAUAUAUCGGAGGCUCUUGCUCCUAUGUCGAAGCAGAUAUUGGCAGCAGCAAGAGAACUCGUAAAGAAUGGAUCGUAUAAGUAUUGUUGGGCUUCGAAAGGAAAUAUAUUACUUCGUAAACAGGAGGGACAACCCGCCAUUGUCAUCAAAUCUUUGAGACAAAUUAUGGAUCUCGCCUCAGAAUGA